AUGGAACGAUUGGAACCUUUCGAAAAGCUUGAAUGUGAUUAUUAUCUCGAUGAUAAAGGAGGUUGGUAUAGUGAUUGUGAGAACAACAGCAGUGAUAGUUCGGACGAUGAUUUUCGUGAACGUGUCGCUCGAUUAGCUGGAAUUCGUUUUGAUUGUCGAAAAAAAAGAGGUAACAAAAAAGUGGAAAAUAAAGAUGAAUUUGAAUCUGAUAUGGACAGCGAACUGGAUCAACAGUUUGUUGAUCAUACAUCAAAAAAUGUUUUCUCUUCUUCUUUGGAUAAAAUUUCAACUGGCAGUCUGGACUCGCAAACAUCUGAUCUUAAAGGUAUCGAUAUGAAUAGGUAUGAAAUUAAGGUAUCGAUCAAUGACUGUCCGGAAAUAAUAGGAUCUUUGGAAGUGCGUGAACGCCUCAACGAAAGUAAACAGCAAUCUUCAUUUGAUGAUCAGGAUAAUAUUUUACGUAAAGCCGUCGAUAAGAUCAGAAAAGGAUGUAGAACCCCUGAAUUUGAUUUUUAUGAUCCAAAUGAAGACGAUGAUAAUGAGAAAUGGAUUUAUGAGCAAAGAAAAAGAAUGAAAGUCAUUACUUCUCGAUACAGCCUUGAUAGACUUGGUUGUGGUGAUAAUUCUGAUAACACCAAUGGUCCAUCAAAUAAACUUCCAGAUAGUGAUGCAGUACUUUCUUGUCCUGCGUGCAUGUGCCUCUUGACACGUGAUUGUCAGCGCCAUGAACUUUUUCCAAAUCAAUAUAGAGCGAUGUUCGUUGAAAAUUGCAAGGUCAUUAGCGAUCAGAUGUUAUUUCUACCUACGUCUGAUAAAAUAAAGAAAGGAAAAAGAAACUCAACAGAUCCUAUGCCCAAUACCUUUGUGGCAAAUAUAAAUACAAUACCAAAAGAAGAUCUCUUUCGCCCUGUGCAAUGUUCAGUGUGUAAUACGAAUGUCGGAGUAUUCGAUUUUGAUGAAGUUUUUCACUUUUUCAAUGUUUUAAGUGGUUAUGCUUAG